AUGGCUCAAUUCAAAGUAGGUGACUACGUGCUGUACGCAGGCGUGUGGGCGCAUUCGCGCUCAAAGCUUCGAGUGCGAUGGUGUGGAUCUGUGCAAGUCACAGCCGCGACGUCAAAUUGGAUUUUCAAGAUCAUGAAUAUUGUGACCGGCGACGAGCGCGAAGCCCAUGCCAGUCGGCUGAAAUUCUACAGUGAUAGCUCUUUGGAGCUGUCGGAGGCCCUGUUGCAGCACGUGGCGCACAACAGUGAAGGACACGUCGUCCUGAAGUUCGUCUGUGCUUCAUACGAAGCAGCAGCAAAGUGCUAUAAGUUGCUGGAGGGUUCGUGGGAACCAGUGCAGGUAAUGCUGGAGGACGUACCAGCAGCCGUCAAAGCGUUCAUCACCGCUCAUGCAGACGAAGAUAUUGUUCGUCAGCUCGCCGAAGCCCAUGGACUCGCAAUUGAGUACUUGACAUGGAUCACCGGGGGGGGGAGUGUUACACGCGACGUGUAG